AUGCCGAGCCUCGGACACAUGUCUGCGCGCUGCCAGGGCCUCGCAGCCCCGCGGAGCCUCCCAAGCACCGCGCUGCGGAGCCGCACGGACCCGAACCGGCUCCAACAGCCCACCGUCCACGCCCCCGGCCGCCGCCAGGUCAAGGCCUACGGGCUGUUCGGGCUCGGCGUGCCGGAGCUGGUGGUGAUCGGCGGGAUCGCGGCGCUGGUGUUCGGGCCUUCCAAGCUCCCGGAGCUCGGGAAGCAGUUGGGGAAGAGCGUCAAGUCGUUCCAGGAGGCGACGGACGAGUUCCAGAAGGAGCUCAAGGACGAGAGGGAGGAGAAGGCGAAGAAGGAGGCCGACGCGAAGAAGGAGGAGAAGAAGCCCGCGGACAAGGCCAGCGAGGACGCGUGA